GGUUAUCAGCAGUUCUUCUUUCUGUGUAAGAGCAGAGAGGAAGUAGUGUGGUACACGUUAGACAUCGAGGAGAGUUGAGGAGAAAGAUGAGUGGAGUGACCUCAUUCAACAACAGCUCUUCAUUUUCCAAUGAGACAGAAAGCUGUAAUCCAGUCACCACCGUGUCCCAUCUCUUCUUCACACCCAUCCUUAGUUUGGUGUUUCUGGUGGGUUUACUUCUCAACAGCUUCACCAUGAAGUUUUACUUCUGCCGAGCUCAUCGUCGGGUAUCCAGCAGCCUGACGGUCUACCUGAGGAACCUGACGGCCGCUGACUUCCUGCUCUGUCUCAGCCUACCCAUCCGCAUCACCAACUACGCCAGCGCGUCCGUCACCAUCCAUGUGCUCUACUGCAGCAUCGGGGCUUCUGCACUCUUCCUCAACAUGUACGCCAGCAUCCUCUUCAUGGGGUACAUCGCUGCCAACAGGUAUCUGAGAAUUGUUCAUCCUUCAGGAACUCACGUCCUACAGACGGUACGAGCCGCCCACAUCAUCUCCGGGGUCACCUGGGUAUUCCUCCUGAUCCCUGCGAUCGUUUACAUCAUCCUCUUUGUCAUCGCCCAGAAUCUGACCUCUAACUCCACCCACUGUGAUUUCCAGGUCAGCCUGCUGGAUACAAUAGUCCACGUCAGUGCAAUCAUCAUCUUUAUGUUGGUCCUCGUAUCCCUGGUCUUCUUCUACCACAGCACCUCCCGCAGGGUGUUGCAGGCACAGCAGAGGCAGCUGGCCUCCUCGGGCUCCAGAAAGUUAGUGAAGUCUCGCAGGAACAUUUUAGUGCUGGUCAGCAUCUUCUGUGUUUGCUUCGUCCCGUAUCACCUGGUUCGGCUCCUCUAUACUUUUCAGUGGAACUGCUCUGUGGAGCAGGUGCUAUACAACCUGAAGGAAGCGACGACAAUAGUGUCAGUUCUCAACAUCUGUCUGGAUCCGCUCGUUUACUUUUUCCUUUCUAAGGCUUUUCGGGCCCAGGUGAGGCGGAGCACGCUGUCCAGAAGGAAACGGCCUGACAUCCGACAAAUGAACAAGGAAAGCGAGAGCAGCGAGGAGGCAGCUGAGCAGCAGCAACGAGCCUAACAGUGAACUGUGAAGAAACAGCCUGUUAUAACACACUCAGAUUUGCUCUUUGUUUUUAACCUCAAACACUCGACGUGGUGCCAGCGACCAGUGUCUGAAAGACUGAUUCAAACUUUCAAAAGAACCAAGAGGAUGUUUUAUUUUAAAGGAUACAUGAAAGGAGAUUAUGUCCUUAUUGCUUUUGCUUUUUAUAAUAUAAUACCUGCAGGUUUUCUAAAUGGUAGUUUAUAGUUUUAUUUCAUUUUGUUUUGCUUUUAGAAAACAUUUAAAGUUCAUAAGGUCACGUGUGGACCGAACCCUCCCUCCAGUAAUCCUGAGCUGCUGCUUCUUCGUUCACUUUGUGUUCACACAGCAGCACUGUACAUAUUAAACCCUCU